CUCGGGGUUCAGCGUCGCUCGGAGUUUGUCGGAUCUUUCCGGAGCUGUUCGGAGUGGACCGGACUGUGGCGUGUCCCGGGUCGGAACCUGUUCACGGGCCGUACGCGCGCCUGGACGCUCGUUCACGAUGGAGUUGGAGCAGAUCCUGAAGGAGGUUCCUGAGUCUCUCAAAGCUUUGACUGAAAACAACCAGAACCUCCAGAACGUGGCUCAAUACUGUUCAGACAACUAUGUACAGACUCUAGGUGGCGCUGAGAGUCUUGGGGUUACGCGUCAGCUCCUCACUCAGGCGUUGGCGUCCGUAGCGUUCCAGAUAAACUCUGUGUCUGAGUCUCUGCUGCGGCUCCUCGACCUGCAGCAGAACGACCUGAGGAGACUUGAGUCGUCUGUCAGUCUGCUGAGUCAGUCCGUAGAGAUGCAUAAGGAGAAAGUGUCGCGUCGUGAGAUUGGUUCGUUUACGGCUCAGAGGCGUGUCCCUCGUGGUCAUAAGCUCCUCCCCCCUGCUGACCCCAAGCCCCGCCCUUCUUACACCAGACAGCCAAUCAGCUUCCAGCUGCUGGACGUUGUGGGACACGGAAUCAAGGUCGGAGGGAAACCGUCUGAACGCAGCGGUUCAGUUUGGAAACAGAGCUCCUCCUUCAGGUCGAAGGCUCCAGAGCCUGUGCAGAGUCCCACAGCGCCCCCUGUGGGCAGUUUUGGGAGGCCUGUGGCUCCGCCCUCUGUCCCUUCCUCGUGGAAGGCUCCGCCCCUCUGUGAUGUCAUCGAACCCUUCCCACUGAGUGAUGUGAUGGACGACGCUCCUCCCCCUCCUCCCCCCCCCUCCUGAAGUGGCCAAUGAGAGACCAGGAGAUCCUAUGGUCCCGCCCCCUCCUCCUCCGCCGCCCAAUCACACGCAGGCUCAGACUCUGGAUCUGAUUGGUUCCUCAGAGGCUAUAAUUCCUCCACCACCAGCCCCACCCUCUGUUCUGGCCCCACCCAUGGCCCCGCCGCCUCCCCCUCUGGAGACAGUUUUGGAGGAGUCCAGUUUCCCACCUCCCCCUGAUGACUUCACAGAGGCCACACCCCCUUCAAUUGUGGACACUGAAGCCCCGCCCCCUCCACCACCUCCACCAAUCACAGAAGACGCCCUCUCCUUUGACUUGGAAAUUCCUCCACCUCCUCCGCUGAUCCAAGACUAGGACUGAACCAGGACUGAACCAGGACUGAACCAGGACUGAACCAGGACUGAACCAGGACUAAACCAGGACUAAACCAGGACUAAACCAGGACUAAACCAGGACUAAACCAGGACUGAACCAGGACUGAACUAGGUCUAAACCAGAGUAGUAUUUUUGUUACAAUUAAAAAUAUUAAAACAUAUAAAUGUAAAAAUAUGACUUUGUUCUGAUGGAGAAUGAAUCUGCCUGUGUGAGUCUGGCUCUCUCUUGUGGCGGAUUUUAGGAACUGCAGCUUCGUCACAUUUACGAAGAUUUGACUUAAACUUUUGUUUUAAUUUUCAGACAUUUUUAAAUUAACUCAUUUGUAAAAAAAAUAAAUAAAUAAUAAACCACCUGUAGAUAAUAAUUUAUCCACAGGUACAUGUUUUCAGUAAAUGUUUUAUUCUUGAAUAAACU